AUGUCACAAGCCGAUUUCAUUGACAAAAACUUGCCCGGCUUAUCUUGUGCUCAACAUGAGAAUUGUGGGCAGGAUGUCGAACAAAGCAGCACUCCGAACCCACCAGCUAUCAAAAAACGACUCGUUUUGGUUUCUCGAAGAAUUAUCACAGUACACGGGCCCGUUCCGGCAGCGGGCCCUCCAUGUUUUCCACCAAACAAACAGCCGAUGAGUUUAGCUAGUUCGCCAGCUCCAUGCAUUCAAAUGUAUGCAAACGAUAUUAACCAUGUAGAACAUAGUUUUGUUUUCAGCAGCCAUCGCAUUUGCCUCAUCUGUAGAUUGAUGAAGCCGGUGUCAGAAAUCGUGAUUAUUACUGAUGAAAAUGACAAACUGUUUGUGGUUCUCUCAGCUAUCUAUCGUCGAAAAAUGGAUUUUACACUGGCUAACCACAUCUACAAGCACUCCCCGUUCUAUGCAUGCUCUGCCCAUUUGCCAGAAGCUUCAGCAGGAGUUUUGAGAAUGUUAGGAGUCUCCAGCGCCGUCGGAAUACUGAAAGCGCGCUCUCGGAAAGUUUCACAAGUUGAAGCAUUUGCCAGGCACAUAUCCAGGAACUCGUAUAUUAAUGUAGAUAAACUGUUGAGUCUGGCAUACUCGUUUACUCAAAAGCAUCCCCAACCAUUCGUGAGUUAA